GGCCUACAACGGGUAGCGUACCUGGCGGUGGUGGACUUUCUGACGGGUGAGGUACUCAUCAAUCAGUACGUCAAGCCCUCGGGGAGAGUCACCCACUGGAAUAGCCGCAUCACGGGGAUCACCCUCAAAGAUAUGAACGCGGCCGUCCGAAGCGGCGCAGCGUUCCGGGACUGGCAGGCGGCCCGCGAAGCGGUGUGGGACUAUGUGGACAGCGACACGGUGCUCAUCGGCCAGACGCUCCACAAUGACCUCCAUGCCCUGGGGAUGGUCCACUUUCGGGUGGUGGACACGGCCCUUCUCACGGCAGAAGCCGUUUUCUCGGGUUGGGAAGACUCAACACGAUACCCUCGGCUUUGGAGCCUGAAGAAGCUGGCCUGGGCCAUGCUCGGCCGGCAGAUCCAGGCGAGAAGUGCGGGCCACAGUGCCCUUGAGGACGCGUUGGCCACUAGGGACGUCCUCAUCCACUGUCUUGAGAACCCAGUGGAGUUAAGGAAGUGGGCUUGCGAGGGAAGGAGGGAGUACUGGGAUUCUGGGGAUGGGAGGCUGGGCAUGACAUCGGCAGUGCCCAUUGUGGCCGGCGAUGGCCUGGAAGAUAAGAGCGAAGACUCGAGUAGCAGCUCUGGGUCUCGUUUAUGGUCGGAUUUCAGUGAGGACUACUUGUAGUCUCAUUGAAAUAAUCCUUGGGUUGUCCUGCCCGAUUGAAGCCAUUGGCACUGGGUGUCUUGUGUUUCUUUUUGUUUGACUUUGAUAUUUUCAUUCUCCCAUCUCAGUGGAUGCCUUUCUGUUCUUGCUAGCUCCAAUCUUGACAGCCACAAUGCGAU